AUGAGCGCAGACUUUGAAACUCCCCAGACCAACGAUGAUAUUAAAUCAGACAUAACGUCAAUAAGCGAAGAUAUGUUGAAUGUCAAUAUGAAAGCGAGCCCCACAACUGAAGUCAGCAAUACGAUAUGGAAUAUGAAUCGUGCUGUACGUGACGUUGCGUAUUAUUUAAGAGCUCAUAAAUUUUUAGACUACGAUCAUCGUUAUUACAAGACAAGUGAGGAAUCACUCGUGAAACUUUACCAUGAAUUUCCAAAACCUCCAUUAAGAUCUUUGCACUGGGAAGUGCAUCGACAUUGCAUCAGCAGCUUUACCGAGUGUCUCAAGUAUCUUGAUACCACUGUACAAUUGACCUCAUUGAAACGUUCCGAUGAUAUCACUACGAUCAUAAAUCAGAAGAAUUUGCAUGUGGCAAAGGAUAACGAAAAGAUUUUGUCACUACAGAAGAAUUGUCAAAUGGCCCAGCAUCGAGAUAACUUGACAUUCGUCCCUUUCCAGGGACCAAUUGAGAGAUUUCAGUGGCGUACAUCAGCGGCUUAUUACAUGUGCUGGUACACAAUGUUGGAAACACCACAACUCGGACUUUUCGGUGAAUCCUGCGAUAAUCAUGCCAAUUGCUUGGAUGUCUAUGGUGCCAAUAAUAAGGAUCCCCGAGCCGAUGACAGUCAACCUUUUGCUUGUGCUAUGUAUAGUUUCUGUCCAGAUCACUGUUGUCCCAUGAAACAUAUCUGGUAUAUGAAGGACUGCUUUCAGAAUCCUGAGAAUCCGUGUUAUCGCAGUAAUAAUCCAGGUGCUCGAAAAUGUUCACUCAGUCGUGAGAGUAAUCAAGAUUUAAAUGCAUUAAUGAGUAACCAGAUGAAUAUCAGUUGUAAAUGCGAAACUAAGGGAUACGAGUGGUCUUCACGAUUUGGAUUAUGUGUUGAUGUGAAUGAAUGUGUAAGGGGUCUUCAUAAUUGCUCACUCAAGGACGGUCAAAUUUGUAUUAAUCUCCCCAGUAGUUUCGACUGCUUGUGCCAAUAUGGAAUGGUCUGGAAUAUUCAUGAAGGGAAAUGUGAUAUUGUUAAUGUUAUCAAAUAUAUCCUGCAAAAUUCAUCCAGCCACGAGAAUUCAAUUGAUGAGACCGCCAUGCAGACUUUGAUAAAAACGUUGACGAGAUCAUCAGGCAGUCUUGAAUACAGUCAUUACAAAAUUUGA